GCAGCACACCAGCUGGCUGCAAGCUUAGAACAAGUCCAUGGUUUGGCUUUGGCAGAGCAAAAUACAGUCGCUGCCAAUGGAUCUGGUUCAAAACUCUCUGAAAAUCUCCCAUUGCAAAUGGGAUUUGAAUGCAGUGGUAUUUAAGGCCUCUCCCAGAUGAGUCCUGCCUCCCAGCAGCUCCCUUCCUCCACCCCGAGAGUCCUGACAAACUUCCUUUUCAUCCUUGUCUGCAGCACAAAGCCAAUGCAUGAAAAAGCAGCUUCCCUGAAGAGCUCCCAGCCCAUGCACAAUCGGGAGAAGCUGGAGGCAUCUCAUAAGGAGAAGAGCCUGGAUUCCCUGGAUGGCAGUCUGCAUCUGAAUGAAGGUCUGAAGGAUGAGGAAGUGAAGAAAUGCCACAGAGAAGUGACCUCAAGUAAAUACAACUUGCAGUACCACAAGCUGUUCAAGGACAUUCCCACGGAGGAGAGUGUCCUGAAAGUCUGCUCCUGUGCGCUUCAGAGAGACAUCCUCAUUCAGGGACGGCUCUACAUCUCCCCCAACUGGCUCUGCUUCUAUGCAAACCUCUUUGGGAAGGACAUCAAGGUGGUUAUCCCAGUGGUCUCGGUGCAGCUGAUAAAAAAGCACAAGACAGCCCGGUUGCUGCCCAAUGGCCUGGCUAUCACCACCAAUGCCAGCAGAAAGUACAUCUUUGUGUCCCUGAUCUCCCGAGACAGCGUGUAUGACGUGCUGAAGAGAGUCUGCACCCACCUGCAGGUUUCCAGUAAGAAGAGUUUGAGUUUGAAAGAAUUUACAGAGGAGCCCGACUCUGUAUCUCUGGAGGUGAUUGUCCCAGAAGUGAAGUGGAGGAAGGUUUCCCCAGCGUCUCUCUCCCUGUCUCUCCCAAAUGCAGACUACCAGUGCAUCCACCGGACCUCCAUCAGUAGCGUCAGCACCAAGGAGAGCUCUUUUAACUCUGAGGAGCCCCUCGUGUCAGAAAGUGCAAUAAACACAGAAGAGGAACUGGAAGCAGAACCAAACUGUGUGGCGGAGCUAAGGCCAUCUGAUUAUCAACUCCUGAAAAUCUUCAUUGUGCUGAUCUGCCUCCUGGUCGUGUCCUCUUCAUACCUGGCAUUCCGCAUCUUCCGUCUGGAGCAGCAGCUCUGCUCUCUGAAUCGAGACUACCUCUCACGCGGCCACAGGAGGUAG